AUGGGAAUCGAUCUCUCCGAGGUGACAGCAAUCCCCAAGCCUCUAACCGGAUUUUCCGGAGAAACGACAAUGACUAUGGGAACAAUUAGGCUUCCUGUGGUAGCUUGCAGAGUCACUAGGAUCGUCGAAUUCUGCGUCACAGAUCACCCAGCAAUCUACAAUGUGAUUAUGGGAACUCCAUGGAUCAACGCGAUGAGGGCGGUCCCUUUCACCUAUCACCUCUGCCUCAAAUUCCCUACUACGACAGGCAUCAAAACGAUCUGGGGAAAUCAGAAGGAGUCACGAAUGUGCUGCUUAGCAGAGCACAAGCUGAGGAACCCCGUCACUGACGCACGAGCAGACAGAUCGCAAAAAGAUGAAGGCGGACCGAGACCCCGCGAACGAGCUCUCGAAACUCUUAUAGCAAUUACAGAUCGCGGAGAGCCGCGAAACGCGCGCCGAGCCGGUAUGUGA